UUGAUUUUCAAAUCAUUUAUGUGACACAUAAAAUAAAUUAUUAAAUUUCAAYGAACAAUUUAAAACUAUGGCUGAUAUGCAUCAAUAUUAUAGUCAUGCACUUAAAAUUGUUUUGGAGGCUGGUGAAUUGUUGUUAAAAGGUUAUAGAAGCUCAAAAGAAAUAUCAACUAAAAAACAUGAUAAGGACUUUGUAACGCAAUACGACAAACUUAUUGAAAAGACAAUAAUUGACAACAUAUUACAACUAUACCCAAAUCAUAAAUUUAUCGCGGAAGAAACUGCAGCAAAUAAUAUUUUAACAGAAGAGCCUACAUGGAUACUUGAUCCAAUUGAUGGAACAACUAAUUUUAUACAAGGUUUUCCAUUUUKUUGUAUUUCAUUAGCAUUGGUAGUAGAAAAUGAUAUAAUAAUCGGAAUAGUCUAUAAUCCGAUAAUAAAUCAAUUAUUUACUGCUCAAAAAGGAAAAGGUGCAUAUUUGAAUAAUGAAAAAAUACAAGUAUCAAGUACUGAAGAUCUUCAAAAUGCCAUGUUUGGGCAUGAUAUAAAUUAUAAAAUUAGUGUGAGGAAUUUUCGUGGGUAAAUAUACAUUUUAAAUUAUAGAUUAAUAUUUUAUAGUAAGCUUAUUGGCAAAGCACGAGGUGUAUUAAAUAUUUCUAUGGUUGGUAAGUUACUGUAAAUACAAAUUUAAACAUUCGUACGGGAAUCAAAACCUCAACAAUAGUAUGCUUAAGAGGACGUGAUACCCGCAUGUGUUGUCUCCGUCUUACAAAUGCGUAACAUGGUACAUUUUUCGCUCAGC